AUGAAUGUGCAAUUUGAAGAAGUUUCUUUGGAUUUCGUUCCACUGACGGAAAGAAACCAUGUAGCCAGUUUACAAGUAUCAACAAAUAUUUUCACUUUAGUCACCGUCUUUGGACAACUCUAUGUCAUUGACUUGGUUAACCCUGAACAUAUCGGUCAAUACGAAUUAGAUUUAUGCAAUAGCAAUGUCACCAGGAACAGCAGCAACACAAGGAAUGGUAAUGAUUCCGCGGUUAAGGGGGAAAUAGUUCUCAAUUCAUGGCUCUCUAAAGGUGCAAAAUAUCUGCUGAUAAAGACAAAUUUUGAUAAAUAUCAUUACAUUUACAUCCCCAAUCUAUUAUCACCAUCCAAUUCGAACACAGCUACUACUGCUAGACAACUUCUUCCCAAUAAUAGAGGAAAAACAACAAAUCUAAAUGAUGUUAAAUUGGUCCAAUGGCUGGAUGAGGAUCGGUUUUUGUGUUCCACUGUCCAAAAUGAAAUCCUUUGGGUUUCUCUAACUGAUAAUUCAAUUAAACUUGUACUCAGUCUCUCAAACAAUAAAAAUAAUCACAUCGAUGGAUUUUUAUAUUCAAAAAUAAAUCAUAUUUUCCUACUGGUUGUUAAUGAUUCCAUAAUGUAUUGGUCAAUUAAUGAAGAUAGUAAGAGUAGUAGUCGUGGCAACAGUAUGAACAAUAAAGAUGAGUUUUUUUCCCUAGAUAAGGUAUUCAACAGUCCUCUUCAAUUGGAAAAAUUCACCAGAUAUAAAGCGUCAACUUCAUUUCUUAAAAAAAGAUUUCAUUCAAACAGUUUGGAUCAAUUUCUUUGGAUCACUGCAAUGGGCAUCAUUUAUGGUGAUUUAAAUCCAACUACUAAUAGAACACAACCUUUAAAUGACUCAAAAUUUUCUUUAAACAACUUUAAUGUGUUUCUUCCAUUGGAAUUACCUGAAUCAAUAGAUUAUAACAGUCUAAAGGAUGCCCUUAUAUUAGAAUAUUUCAUCAUAUUGUUGUUUCAUAAAGAUAAUCGUAUCAUUAUAAUCAACAAAUUAAAUAAUAAGAUUGUAUUCAACGAAGGGAUCGAUACUCUAUAUCCAAUAACGAAUCUUGUUUUCGAUCCAUUGAAAAAUACAAUUUGGUUAAUUUCAAAUUUGACUAUAUAUGAGAUGAUAAUCAAGAAUGCUUCAGAGAUCCUUUGGGAUCUAUUAUGUGAACAAAAUGAUUUUCAAAAAGCAUUAAGUUUGAAUGGACUGAAAUCAUGGCAGGUCGAUCUGAUCCAUUAUAAAAUGGCAAACUAUUAUCUAUCUGAUUCAACAGAAAACUUUAAUGAGGGCGCUAAACAAUUGGCAAUCUCUAAUUCAUUCUCUGUAAGUUCCAACAUCUUAAAAAUACUAGGCCUAAAAAUGAAUCCCGGAAAUGAUAAAGAUAAUGACUUUGGUCUACAGACAUAUCUUUUAACUAAGCUAAAACAAUUGAAUGAUCGUGAUCCGCAUGCAACAUUAUAUAAAGUUCAAUUUUGUCUGUUAACUAAUUGGAUAAUAAGAAAUUAUAUUAAACAUUUAAAUUACUUGUUCCAACGUUCUAUGGAAAAUCCAUUGUAUAAUUCAAUGGAAAUUCCGAUUGAUGAUUCGAUUGAAGGUGUGGAAAAAACAGUUUUACACUUCUGUAAGACAUAUAAACAUCUUUUGGAUUUUGACACAAUCUACCAAAUUGUAGCAAAUUAUGAAAAGUGUAAUCAUUUAUUAAUUGAGAUUGCAACAUUAAAUAAUGAUUGGAAAUUUAUUUUAAAAUAUUGGAUUAAAAAGGAAAAUUGGUAUGAAUCGUUAAAAAUCCUAAAAAAAAGCGCUGAUUUAUCUCUAAUCUAUCAAUAUUCUACAAUUCUAUUAAUUAAUUGUCCAGAAUUGACAAUCGAGAAAUGGAUGCAGUUAGGAUUCGAAAUUGAUCCAGUGAAAUUGAUACCAGCUAUACUAAGUUACUUUACUGUAUAUCAGAAAAAUCAAGUUCAAAGUGAUUCGAACGUUAAUUUUGGAUUGACGUAUUUACAGUGGUACAUCAAUAAAUACGAUCCAAAGGACAAGAUAAUUUAUAAUACAACAUUAUAUAUGUUGAUAAGUGAUACAUAUUAUAAUAACAAAAGUAAAAAUAAUACUGAAAAGCACGCUUCUAUCUCUUCGAUGACUACUAAUAAUGAUUAUAAGAAUUAUAACGAUACAGAUUAUAACGUGAUUGAAUGUUUAAAUCAAUAUGGAAGAAAUAAAUAUGAUAUUAAUUUUAUUUUAAGGUUAAGUUUAAAUUUUCAAAGAGAUAAGGUUUCAAUAUAUCUAAUGAUAAAACUGAAAUUGUUUCAGAAUGCAAUAAAUUUAUCACUUGAAAAUAAUUUUAUUGACUUGGCUAAACAAACUUUAAAUGAAAUUGAUGAUAAAAUAUUAAAGAAAAAAUUAUUUUUGAGGUUGGCUGAAAAACUGUUGUACAAUGCUACUAUUAAUGGCAUGAAUGAUUCCAUAUCAAAUACAAAUAGCGAUGUUAAGGCUAUUAUUCGGUCAAUAAUUAAAGAUUCUGAUGGACUGAUCCAAAUUAAAGAUCUUUUACCAAUUUUUAACGAUAUGGUAACUAUGGGCCAUAUAAAGGAUGAAAUUUUGGCAAGUUUGGAUAAUUACAAUGAGACUAUGAACGAUAUGAACAAAGAGAUUAAAAAUUCAAUCAAAUUAAAGAAAAUUAUUGUGGAACAAAUGCAGGCAUUUAAUGAAAGGUAUGAAAUUUUAGAGGCUAGUCAAUCGUGCGAUUUAUGUCACAAAUUAUUAACUACAAGAAAGUUCUUGGUAUUUCCAUGUAAUCAUUGUUUCCAUUGUAAUUGUUUUAUUAAAAUGGUUUAUAAUUCGGACAAUAUCAUUUUAAAGAAUCAAUUAGAUGUUAUACAGAAAAAAAUUUCAAAUGAUAAGAAAAAAUUUAAAAAGGAUCAGGUGUUGGUUUCAAAAUUAGAAUCUUUAAUGACAACAAAAUGUUGUUUAUGUAGUGAUAUCAGUAUCAAUAAUAUUGAUGAAUCGCUUAAUAUUACUCAAGAACAAUUGGACAAAUGGAAGUUGUAA